CUUUCAUAGAAGUCGGACUUAAAUCUUUUGCACAACUGUUUCUUUCUUCAUACUGCCCGUAUCACCUCGCCGGCGUUUUCCUCCAAUAGGUUUCACACAUUGUUUUUAACAGAUCAAGAAUUGGAAAAUGAGUGGGGAUUAUUCUCACAAUGUUAGCCAGGUAACAGUUGGAAUAUUUAGCACUGUCAGCUUUGUAGGACAUUAAACUCGCUUGCUGUUGUAUUUGCCUCAGCUACACUAACUUGGCUAGCUAACGUUAGCUAGCUAAUCGACUGAAUAUAAUUGGCUGCAAUAAAUGUGACAGUAAUAGUUACGUGUUGUCAUACUUUUAAUCGUGUGGUGUGAUUUUCAGAGUGAAAUGUAGUCAACGUUAUAUGUCCACACAAUUGUAAACUAACUUUAGCUAGCUAAGGCACACUGUGCGUUAGCUUGCUAGGCUAGCUAAUUGCUGUUGAAAGCCAUUUAAGACCAGUCACUGGCCAGCCAUCAGGGUUGCUAGAUAGCUAACGUUACGCUAGGUAGCUGUUGUUAGACAGAAAGUUCAAAGUGAAAUAUCUAGCUAGCAAGCCAUCAACUGAGAUACCUAACCAAUUUUUGUUUUAAAAUUUGCAGAUCGACUCCAGCUCUCGGGUCAAUGGUAAGUGUAAUGUGUCAAACUGAAAUGUCACAAUGAUUUUUCUCCUUCGAAUUCUGACCUGUCCGCAGACUCGGCACAGUUAGCUAGCGAUCCGUUAUACAUUUUAAUAUGUGAUCUUGCCUGUAUGUACUUUGACUAUUGCAAAAUGAAUGGCCUCUUGAGGACAUUAAAGUUUUCUGACUCUAUUUACUAGCUCGUUAGCAUGUGCUAGUUCGCUAGCCAGACAGAUAGUUUAGCAAAGGACAGAAAUGGCGUCCAGAGACUAAGUCCUCAGCCUCACUCACAAGCGCCUAUUGUUCAAAUGGAUGGCUCUUUAAUAGUUUUUAGACAUUUUAUAAUCUCGAUCUGAGCACAGAUUCAUAAAGAACUGGAUGUGUUUUAUUGGUAUGUCAAAUUAGAUUUUGUUGUUGGCCUUCUUAAAAUGCCACAUUCCGGGUCUGAAAGUAAGGGUUUGGGGGUUGAGGACUUAGUCUCUGCGCCAUUUUCUUUUUUCUGUCUAGCGUUCUGACUGUAGAAAACAAAGCUGAAGUGCAGAUGGCGGUGAUAUGGAGGCGAAACACGCAGGAGCGUUUGGAUCAGACAUGAUUCACAGUGCUGAAAGGAGGACAAUCAUCCGUGAUAGCCCAAUUUAGCUUAAACAGCAUUCUGGUACAGUCUUAUCCGAAUUUAUUAUGGAUAGCUACUGUUCAUAAAAAGGUACAUUUACAUUAGCUAGUUGUAAACCAAUGAAGUGAGGUAUUUAAGGAACACCCUGCCAGACUUCUUGUACAAGUUAUUGUGGCAAUACAUAUGUUACUACCACAUGUCAGUUGGAUAUUUUUUAAAUGACUGAAUUCAUUGAUUUGAUAGCUUUGUUGCCAUGGCCUGACCCACAUGGCUACUGAGGUCUACCUAAAACAAGUAAAAACCCAGCAGUGGUAUUUAACAAGUAUGAAUGACAUUUUUGAGGUUUCACAAGCUACGCGCUUCCCCUUGCUGCUAAAUAAACAUUGUUUUUCUGAAAGAUUCUCUACCUGAACAAUAUCAAACAAGUCAUGUCAAUUCAGGAGAAUGUGUUUACUUCUCACAUGACAAUGUAUUUCCUAUGGACAAGAAGGACUCCACUUCUAGGCCUUGGGACAGCAUGGUUGGCUGCCUCAACAUCCGACAGCUUUUGACAGACUAAUCAUCUUUCCUGAUGAGUCUUGUGUGGAUCAGUUUCUAAUUUCAGAUAGGGGGUGGGUUUUUGACAUGCUAAGAAGCCAUCGCUCUUAAUUCGGAUAUGAAGUUGUUAGAACAGUGCAUUGACCCCAUUUUCUAAUGUGGCACAUCUCAGAACUACCUUUCCUGGUCUCAGAAAAAUGCCCUGCUCGCAACUAUUUUGAAAUGGGGGGGCCUUUUUAUUACAGUACCCUAUAGUUGGUUCUCACCAUCUUGUAGUGGCUCCUCGUAUAGUAGCGUAGGCUAUCCAUAUUGUAGCGUUGGUCAGAACAGCCUAUGUCAAGGCGCACAAGACCUGCUACCUUGUUAAAACAUGGAAUACAGGGGUCCAAUGGAGACUCGGGGUGUUAAGAGUUUUCCCUGUAUACAGUGCAUUCAGAAAAUAUUCAGACCACCUCCCUUUUUCCACAUUUUCUUACGUUACAGCCUUAUUCUAAAAUUGAUUAAAAUAUUUGUUUCCCUCAUCAAUCUACACACAAUACCCCAUAAUGACAAAGUGAAAACAGGUUUUUAGAAAUUUUAGCAAAUAUAUAACAAAAUAAACAUACCAUAUUUGCGUAAGUAUUCAGACCCUUUGCUAUGAGACUCGAAAUUGAGCUCAGGUGCAUCCUGUUUCCAUUGAUCAUCCAUAAAAAGUUUAUAACUUGGAAUCCACCUGUGGUAAAUUCAAUUGCUUGGACAUGAUUUGGGAAGGGACACGCCUGUCUAUAUAAGGUUCUACAGUUGACAGUGCAUGUCAGAGCAAAAACCAAGCCAUGAGGUCGAAGGAAUUGUCCAUAGAGCUCAGAGACAGGAUUGUGUCGAGUCACAGAUCUGGGGAAGGGUACUAAAAAAUGUAUGCAGCAUUGAAGGUCUCCAAGAACAUAGUGGCCUCCAUCAUUCUUAAAUGGAGAAGUUUGGAACCACCCAGACUCUUCCGAGAGCUUGCCUCCUGGCCAAACUGAGCAAUCAGGGGAGAAAGGCCUUGGUCAGGGAGGUGACCAAGAACCCGAUGGUCACUCUGACAGAGCUCCAGAGUAACUCUGUGGAGAUGGGAGAACCUUCCAGAAGGACAACCAUCUCUGCAGGACUCCACCAAUCAGGCCUUUAUGGUAGUGGCCAGACGGAAGCCACUCCUCAGUAAAAGGCACAUGACAGCCCGCUUAUUGUUUGCCAAAAGGCACGUAAAGGACUGACCAUGAAACCUGGCACUAUCCCUACAGUGAAGCAUGGUAGUGGCAGCAUCAUGCUGUGGAUGUUUUUCAGCGGCAGGGAUUGGGAGACUAGUCCGGAUCGAGGUAAAGACGAAUGGAGCAAAGAAAGAGAUCCUUGAUGAAAACCUGCUCCAGAGCGCUCAGGACCUCAGACUGGUGCGAAGGUUCACCUUCCAACAGGACAACGACCCUAAGCACACAGCCAAGACAACGCUGGAGUGGCUUCGGGACAAGUCUCUGAAUGUCCUUGAGUGGCCCAGCCAGAGCCCAGACUUGAACCCAAUCUAACAUCUCUGGGGAGACCUGAAAAUAGCUGUGCAGUGAUGCUUUCCAUCCAACCUGACAGAGCUUGAGAGGAUCUGCAGGGAAGAAUGGGAGAAACUCCCCAAAUACAGGUGUGCCAAGCUUGUAGCAUCAUACCCGAGAAGACUCAGGGCUGUAAUCGCUGCCAAAGGUGCUUCAACAAAGUACUGAGUAAAGGGUCUGAAUACUUAUGUAAAUGUGAUAUUUCAGUUUUUUAUUUUUAAUACAUUUGCAAACAUUUCUAAACCUGUCUUUGCUUUGUCAUUAUGUGGUAUUGUGUGUAGAUUAAAUCAAUUUUAGAAUAAGGCUGUAACGUAACAAAAUGUGGAAAAAGUCAAGGGGUUUAGUUACUUUCCGAAUGCACUGUACAAGAAGACCUACUUAUUCCUUAAUUUGUGCUGAUAUAUUGGAUUUAAGAUCUACAUGAAAAGCUAUAAUGAUGUACCCUCAACCUAUUACAAUGUAUUUGUAAACAUCAGUGCACGUUCUGCAAGUGCUUGCCCCAAUACUAUGAUAGAAUUUGUUGAAAUUUGAUUAUUUCAUAGCUAGUAAGACCUAUAGCCUACAUCCCUACUACAAUCCCUAACUAAUAGUUAUUUUGGCCUCAGUAGAAUCAAACUUUAAUCUUGCAUCUGUAUCCUACUUGGUUGUAAAUACAAUAUUAUUCUCAUGAUCUGACAAUCAGCAAUCUGUUUAGUUUUUUGGUGUCUGAACCAGUAGCUUGCUGUGGGGCAUAGCACCUUGUUACUGAGUCACUUAUUUUUAAGCCUCACCUUUCAAAACAUGCCUUGAUGGCAAUGCAUGGUAGUAAUUUGAACGAAUUAAGUUUAUUUGGCUGUCAACUCUUGUUUGACUCUGAAGUGCUUGUGUUGUAUGUGUCAACUAGAGAGAAGAUUGGAAAUCAUUGAGCUACUGUUGCUUCUUGUAGGAGUUUGGUUGAAUGAAGAUGGACUAGGCCUGUUAACUUGUCUUGCUCCCCCUUUUCUUCCAUGUUGAAACUGUGUUCCAGUCAAAAUGUACCUUAGUUGUGAAUGGGCACUAGGAGGAGCUGUCUUACCAUGUAAGGCACGUCCUCUCCCACGUUGUCUGUGGCACAAAUUCAUAACUUCAUCUGAACAUCUGCCCACACACAGUACUCCCAAUCCUUAGUCUGACCUGAAUUUGUCAACUUUAUUUGUGAAGGGUGUUCUAUUGACAGUGUUUGAUCUGUCAUGAACAAAGGCCCCAAAAUGCAAAUGUGCCUCAAGUUGACUGGAUAAGAUGGCCCUGUUCUAUAUGCUACCACUACAAACACAAUCCGACAGGCAGUAUUCAGAUUCACACCCAGGUGUUGGAUGAGUGCUCUGGCCUGAGCUUAGAGCGCUUAUCUAGUCAUUCAGACUUUACAAGAUUGUAGAAUCUUCCCAUGUCUUUUUAUGCACGUGCAUAUUUAUGUUGCAUAUUUAUUUUCUCACACUGCCUGUUUUUAGUUUUUUAAUUAAUCGUUUUAGUUUUCACCAUGGGAAUCUUGUCUGAACUUGUUUAGAGUGGUGUUGUUCCUGGUUCGGUAGAUGUUGUCUUUUGUUCUUAGUAUUGGCCUUUUUCACCUGCCAAGUUUAAGGAAGGUGGAUAUUUUUAACGAAUGUUUCCUAUUCCUUUGGCAAUAGAGCUCGCCAGCUUGUAGUCCUAAAACCCGGAAAUGAGUUACCUCUGGUUCGAUCAGCCAUUCCUAUGGGGAAAAUGAAUGAGGGAAGAAUAUGGUUUGGGAUAAACCCUGAAAAAUAAGGUCUGAGGUUAACACGGGCUUGGGAGAUCUUAUACAUUUUGUUCUGAGAUAUUAGUCAGUUAAAAUGACCUUUAUAAAUUAUGAAGCCUUUGUGCUUUUUUUUAUUACGCAAAUGCUUCAAAAUUCACACAGUGACAGUUGAAGAUUCUCAAAGAACAAAACUAAUAAGAUCUCCUAAGCCUGUGCGGCUUUUAUCCAAAAACUCCAUUUAUUUACCCAUAUGCUUUGCCAAUGAACCAUGGCGGAGUUGGUGCCUACAGAAAGACUCCAUUACUGUUGCGCUCUAUGGUCAUCAUUAUGCCAUUACUAUUGCGCUCUAUGGUCAUUAUGCCAUUACUAUUGUGCUCUAUGGUCAUCAUUAUGCCAUUACUAUUGCGCUCUAUGGUCAUCAUUAUGCCAUUACUAUUGCGCUCUAUGGUCAUCAUUAUGCCAUUACUAUUGCGCUCUAUGGUCAUCAUUAUGCCAUUACUAUUGCGCUCUAUGGUCAUCAUUAUGCCAUUACUAUUGCGCUCUAUGGUCAUCAUUAUGGCUACCACUACCCCGGCCACCAGCUCUGCACCCUCCGCUGCAACUUGCCCAUGCCCCCCCCCCCCGCUUCUCCUUCACACAAAUUCAGACAGCUGAUGUUCUGAAAGAGCUGCAAAAUCUGGACCCCUACAAAUCAUCUGGGCUAGACAAUCUGGACCCUUUCUUUCUAAAACUAGCCUCCGAAAUUGUCGCAAUCCCUAUUACUAGCCUGUUCAACCUCUCUUUCGUAACGUCUGAGAUCCCCAGAGAUUGGAAAGCUGCCGCGGUCAUCCCCCUCUUCAAAGGGGGUGACACUCUAGAUCCAAACUGUUAAAGACCUAUAUCCAUCCUGCCCUGCCUUUCGAAAGUAUUUGAAAGCCAAGUUAACAAACAGAUCACCGACCAUUUCGAAUCCCACCGUACCUUCUCCGCUAUGCAAUCCGGUUUCCGAGCUGGUCAUGGGUGCACUUCAGCCACGCUCAAGGUCCUAAACGAUAUUUUAACUGCGAUCGAUAAUAGACCGUACUGUGCAGCCGUCUUCAUCGACCUGGCCAAGGCUUUCGACUCUGUCAACCACCACAUUCUUAUUGGCAGACUAAAUAGCCUUGGUUUCUGAAAUGACUGCCUCGCCUGGUUCACCAACUACUUCUCAGAGUUCAAUGUGUCAAAUCGGAGGGCCUGUUGUCUGGACCUAUGGCAGUCUCUAUGGGGGUGCCACAGGGUUCAAUUCUUGGGCCGACUCUCUUCUCCGUGUAUAUCAAUGAUGUCGCUCUUGCUGCUAGUGACUCUCAGAUCCACCUCUACGCAGACGACACCAUUUUGUAUACAUCUGGCCCUUCAUUGGACACUGUGUUAACAAACCUCCAAACGAGCUUCAAUGCCAUACAACACUCCUUCAGUAGCCUCCAACUGCUCUUAAACACUAGUAAAACUAAAUGCAUGCUCUUCAAUCGAACGCUGCUGGCACCCGCCCACCCGACUAGAAUCACUACUCUCGACGUGUCUGACCUAGAGUAUGUGGACAAAUACAAAUACCUAGGUGUCUGGUUAGACUGUAAACUCUCCUUCCAGACUCACAUUAAGAAUCUCCAAUCCAAAGUUAAAUCUAGAAUCGGCUUCCUAUUUCACAACAAAGCCUCCUUCACUCAUGCUGCCAAACAUGCCCUCGUAAAACUGACUAUCCUACCGAUCCUUGACUUCGGCGAUGUCAUUUACAAAAUAGCCUCCAACACUCUACUCAGUAAAUUGGAUGUACCGUAAUUUUCGGAGUAUAAGCCGCACCUUUUUUCCCCAUUUUUCGACCCUGCGGCUUAUAUAACGGUGCGGCUAAUCUAUGGAUUUUUACAGCUAACGGCCACUAGAAGACCUCCUAAAUCUAUGGAUUUUACAGGUUACAGUCCACCAACUUUAACUCUAUGGGCUCUAUGACCGGUCCGCGCCCCCCACCUUUAAGCGGCGGGCUCCAGCAGGAAAAGCUGGAGGCCGGAAAAGAGUGAGACAGGUAGCGCGUAAAAGUGGAACCGAGAGUGGUACGAGAGACAGAACGAGAGCAAGACAGACAGACAUUACGAGAGCGAGACAGUUUGUCUCUUUCCCGACAAUCCCCUCUGUGCACGAACCCUUACAUAUGGUAAUUAAACAUUAAAACACCUGCGGCUUAUAGUCCAGUGCGGCUUAUAUAUGUACACAUCAUUCAAUAUCAUUCAAUUUAGCUGCUGCAGCUUAUACUCCGGUGCGCCUUAUAGUGCGGAAAAUACGGUAGUCUAUCACAGUGCCAUCCGUUUUGUCUCCAAAGCCCCAUAUACUACCCACCACUGUGACCUGUACGCUCUUGUUGGCUGGUCCUCACUACAUAUUCGUCGCCAAACCCACUGGCUCCAGGCCAUCUAUAAAUCACUGCUAGGCAAAUCCCCGCCUUAUCUUAGCUCAUUGGUCACCAUAGCAACACCCACCCGUAGUAUGCGCUCCAGCAGGUAUAUCUCACUGGUCAUCCCCAAAGCCAACACCUCCUUUGGCCGCCAUUCCUUCCAGUUCUCUGCUGCCAAUGACUGGAACGAAUUGCAAAAAUCUCUGAAGCUGGAGACUCUUAUCUCCCUCACUAACUUUAAGCAUCAGUUGUCAGAGCACCUUACCGAUCACUGCACCUGUACACAGCCCAUCUGAAAUUAGCCCACCCAACUACCUCAUCCCUAUAUUGUUAUUUAUCUUUGCUCAUUUGCACCCCAGUAUCUCUAUUUGCACAUCAUCUCUUGCACAUCUAUCAUUCCAGUGUUAAUACUAAUUGUAAUUAUUUUGCACUAUAGCCUAUUUAUUGCCUUACCUCCAUAACUUGCUACAUUUGCACACACUGUAUAUAUAUUUUCUGUUGUAUUUUUGACUUUAUGUUUUGUUUUACCCCAUAUGUAACUCUGUUUUUAUCGCACUGCUUUGCUUUAUCUUGGCCAGGUCGCAGUUGUAAAUGAGAACUUGUUCUCAACUGGCUUACCCGGUUAAAUAAAGGUGAAAUUAAAAAAAUAAAAAAAUGCCAUUACUAUUGCGCUCUAUGGUCAUCAUUAUUUAGCCAUUUUUAUUUCUCGUUUUAAUAACUUUCUCCUUUUGCAGAUUCUCACAAGCAUAAAGAUAAGUACAAGGAUAAAGAACACAAACACAAGGACCACAAGAAGGACAAGGAGCGUGAGAAAUCAAAAUAUGGCAACAGGUAUGAGUCUCCACUCUUAAGCAGGGUUACAUAGGUAAAUGGGGCUGUCUAGCAAUGGAAGGGGAAACCUAGUGCGCCAAUGGGGCAGUAAUUGACACAUUUACUUUUACGAGCUCUUUAAUGUUGGUGUUUGUAUGGUCAUGUGUCUGAAAAGCAGGUUGUGCAUGAAUGGGCAUAGGGCAAGAGUCACUGUUUUUGUUGCUUUAGGAAAUCCUCAAACAUAUUCUCUAGUUAGUUGAUUUCCCUAUUGGUAUGUUCGUGCUGGUAACUGAUCCUGAUGUAAUGUUUUUGUAAUCUGUCAAAUUCCAGUGACCAUAAGGACUUCUCGGAAAAGAAGCACAGAGAAAAGGAAAAGGAGAGAAUUAAGCACAAAGAUGGCAGCACAGACAGACACAAGGAAAAAGACAAGAGGAAGGAGGUGAGGGCCCUAAUUGUCCAAUAGAGAUGGAUGCAUUGCUGCCAUUUUGGUUUAGACAUGCCAAUCAGUUUGUCAAAUUUUGGUCCAGUCUCGUCUUCAGUGAAAACCUGUGUUUAUAGCUCUUAACAAUAUGCAUGUUUUUAACUAUUCCUUGUCAUCUUGUAGAUCAAGCCAAAGAAGGAAAAAGAGAAUGGCUUUGCCAGGUACGUUUUUAGUUUUAUGUAUUGUACAUUUCACAUUUGUGCUGCAUACAAUUGCUGGUUACAUAUCUGAUUUCAAAUGCACAAUGAAUCUAAAUGUUCGAUUUCUAUCACCAGCCCUCCUCUCAUUAAGUCUGAGCCGGACAAUGAUGACGUCUACCACUCUCCCAAGUCCUUGAAGAGAGAGCGUGACCAUGAUGAGUAAGUAGAUCUGGACUGACCUCUGUCAACUGGCCCAUUUAUUCCUCAGUCUUUGGCCCUGUUACAUUUGUACAAUGAAGAUUGUUAGCUUUAGUUGCCAUGUGUAGACCAACCCCAUCUGGUUUGUCCGAAUUGUGUUUGGAAAUCUAAUGUUUGUUGGCUUUGCAAGAACUUCCCAGCUUCCUUUUGGUAUAGCUAUGGCGUAGAGAAGACCAAGAUAGUUGUUGAAUCUACCAUUGCAUUCAGGCCUCCUUUUAUAAGGUGUUUUUGUUUUUUCAGAACUGAAUUCAAGCCCAAAAAAAUAAAAAUUGAAAAUGACAGAGUGGACAAGAAGGCAAAGAAGAGGAAACAAGAUGAUGAGGUAGGGGCAUCUUUAGAUUCAUAUUGGGUCUAUUUCAAUGAUCCCUUGAGAGAAAGGAGACUCAUGCGUUUCUUCUGUUUGUUUCUUGUAAAGGACAUCAAGCCCAAAAAGACACAAAAAAACAAGAAAGGGGAAGUUGCUGACGGGAAAAAGAAAGCAAAGAAGGAGCCUGAGGAGAAGUGGAAAUGGUAAGUUUUAUACUUGCCCUCCAGCUGUGUUGCUACACAGAGUUGCCGUGAAGGCACACUGACUGAGUGGCUCUUUGUUAUGGAAUUCUUAUUAUGGUGAUGGUUAAAAUAUGGAUGUUCUGUGUAUCUUUGUUGGACAAAGUAAUUUGGUUGUGCAUCAAUAAUUUCCUUCUCAUCAAUCCAUGUUGUUGUACCCUGUUGGACUACAGGUGGGAAGAGGAGAGGGCAACAGACGGUUCCAAAUGGAGGUUUCUGGAACAUAAAGGCCCAGUCAUGGCAGCACCUUAUGAACCUCUUCCCAGCAAUGUCAGAUUUUUCUAUGAUGGUAAGAUUAAUACUCAAGUGCUGCUAAUUUUUUCUAUCUAUGUGUGUAAGUUGCUCAGUGGAAAUGGUGGGAUUGGCUGAUUUAACAAGUCGGUUGGAAUCUUUCUGUAGGGAAGCAGAUGAAGCUCAGCCCAGAAGCUGAGGAGGUGGCCACCUUCUUUGCCAAAAUGCUGGACCAUGAGUACACUACCAAGGACGCCUUCCGGAAAAACUUCUUCAAAGACUGGAGAAAGGUAGGGAAUGUUCAAGGCUGUAUACUUAAGGGUUUGCAAUUUUUUAUUUUUUAUUUUUUUAGGGGCUAGAUCAGCUUUAAUAUUGCAGAUUGUAACUUCCAUCAAUGUAAUUGUCUGCAUCACUUCCAAUCCCCCAUGUUUUUUGCUCAUAUAUAUAUAUAUAUAUAUAUAUCUAUAUAUAUCCUUUUUAAAAAUAGGGUUUUUAAUUUAAUUGCUUAAAAUUCUCUCCUAUAUAUUUGUUUUAUGUUACAGUAAUUCCAUACACACGAUCCAUGACUUGUCUAACUUUGUCCCCUCUCCUACAGGAAAUGACCUCAGAGGAGAAGUCUAAGAUCACAGACCUGAAGAAGUGUAACUUCAAUGAGAUGGGGGAAUACUUCAAGGCACAGUCUGAGGCCAGAAAGGCCAUGACUAAAGAUGAUAAACUGGUGAGCUAGAACAAUACUUUGUGCUUUUAUUUUAUAUCCCCCCCCCAGUAGAGAAUGGUAAUACCUGGUAUCUUCAGGCUGAUCCUGGGUGCUAACAACUGUACCCAGAUUUAACUGGUUUGACUCUGGUUCUCUGCUUAUUGUAGAAAAUCAAAGUGGAGAACGAGCGCCUCCUCCAAGAGUAUGGCUUCUGCAUCAUGGAUAACCACAAGGAGCGCAUCGCUAACUUUCGCAUUGAGCCCCCGGGUCUGUUCCGUGGCCGAGGAGACCACCCCAAGAUGGGCAUGCUGAAGCGCCGCAUCCGCCCUGAGGACAUCAUUGUCAACUGCAGCAAGUGAGUGAGGGGGUCCUGGUUGCAGGUGGCAAUAUGAACAUAAUGAAAGAAAAUGUAAUGUUUUCUACAAGUACUUUGCCCUUUUCUUGAUUACAUUGACCCAUGACCUGCUUGUUUGGACCAGAUUUGUAUAUCUGAAGACUUUGUCUGUCUCUUCCACAGGGGCUCCAAGCACCCCAAGCCUCCCCCUGGCACCAAAUGGAAGGAGGUGCGUCAUGACAACAAGGUGACCUGGCUGGUGUCGUGGACAGAGAACAUCCAAGGCGCUAUCAAGUACAUCAUGCUGAACCCCAGCUCCAGAAUCAAGGUAGGUUGACUAGUAGGGGCAUCUUCAUUAUGGCUCAUAGUGGAUGCAGUGAUAUUGGGGAGGGGGGAGAGGGGUCUUUUAGUCACUUUUAAUGAACUCUCACUUGAGAUGCCAAUGGCCAGGGCUCAAAACUGAGACCAAAACACUUGCAUUUGCAACUAGGGAUGUGACAAAUGGAAACAUUUUAUUAAUGUUUAACCCUUUAGACUCCAAUAGAAUUCAAAAAUGCUGCUGUAGAUUACUGAGAAUGUUCAAGAUGAAGCUCAUUUUCUCACACAUUUCAAACAAACAGACAUGGCUCAAAAGCAAAGAACAAAUGACAAUUACAAGUGAACUUACUUUUAAAGAGUACAACCUCUUCUUUAAUAUGACACCACAUUCAUGUCAAUAGGAAUAACACUCAUUUAGUCUUCCAUUGUGUAAAGACACUCACUAUCAAAAAUGAUUAACACUCAACAACAAACCCUACAGCAUUUCAAUUGUAGUACAUUUGACUAAAUUACUCACUCAAAAUGUGUAAUAUAUUAUACUUAUAAAUAUUAUUUACAUAUAAAUACAAUUAUCGAAUGUGACCAGAGGACAAUAUUCAGAAAGUAUUUCAAAACCCCACACAAAUUAGGCUAUUUGAUUGACAACGAUUCUUACUUUAGUGUUUGCAUUUAGCCUACAACAUGUCAUGGAACUUCUGGAAGCACUGCCACAUCCUGCAAAGUGGCACAGAACACAUAAGAGCACCCAAAGGAGGUUUCUACACAUCUCCCACUCUUUGCACUGCGUCCACUCCGGAUGCACACCACACACCCUUUCUUGCGCCCUUCAAACUUCACCUGCUUUCAAAUGAGUUCCAACUCGGUCCACACGACCUGGUGCCACACUCUUGGCUCCCCUCUUCCUGCCACUGUAGCCAUAUCACAAAGUGAAUGCACAAAGCUGCAUUUUGAAUGUCUUCAGGGACUAGCGCCUGCGGUUUCUGGGAAGGGGCCUUUGCAGGGUCCCCCACACAAUGUACGCAUUUAUGAUGGCAAUGUUGAGCAUCCCCCAAAACACAUACUCCCACCAUUUUUUUUUUUGCCUGUGUGUCCAACAUUGUCAUAGCUCCUCAGUUGGUCAAGAUGGUCAACCCCGCCCAUUUUCUUGGUGUAAUCCAUUACACAACAACUCCAAAGCCACUGUCACUUAAGGCGCAGGCUGUGUGGUACAAGGGUGAAUGGUGAGACUUGGGGCAGACACACUCGUGUGCGUGUGUGCUCUCCCUCUGCUUUCUCUUCUCCCUUUGCUUUGUACUCUCCCUCUGCUUCAUCCUCUUCCUCUCCAUGUUCCUCUCCUCUUCCUCGCUCCACAUCUCUAUCCCUCCAAUCAUCUCUAACUCUUCCUCCCUGCCGUUUGCUGCUGAGCCCUGACUCUCCACAUCACUUCCCUCACUUUCACUGACCUAGAGGAACAGAGUAACAGAGGGAGAGGAGCAACAAAUAGGAUAAUUGUGGUCAGGAACAUAAUCUCUCCCUUGUCACACGAUCUCUCUUCCUUCCUCUUUUUCUCAACCAUACACAUACUCUCUUCCUAAUAAGGGGUUUCCAUAAUAAAUGGUGAUAGUUACAUGCCUCUCUCUCUCUUGCGCGCGCACACACACCAACUCUUGCCUGACAGACUAACUACAGAGUUCGCCAAUGUUAGCUGAUUAGUUACGAAGCUGGGACAGUUUCCUAAUUAAUUGCAUCGGUAGAAACUGGACAAAACAAGUAACUUGUUAGUUGGCUAUGUAAACAAAUGACGAACUCAACAUAUGAGCGCCACUGCGCAUACGUCUACUACCCUAACAUGACAGCUAAGCUGUCAAAUAAUAGGAAAACGAGGCAAAGUAUAGCCUAUGAAUAUCUGCACCUAGCAAACAUGACAAAUCAUAACCUAAGCCCAACAGAUAAAAACGAAUGACAAGCCUUAAUUUUGGUGGUGAGUUAGCUGGUUGUCUGUAUGGCUAGUUAGUGAAAGUGACAGAUGAAGUUGAUGCUUUGUGAGCGCAGCCCUAUUUACCGCUACACAGCUUUUCUUGCCUGACAGACUAGCUAGUUAAACAACCAACUAGUUAGCUGACUAUAUACAGCUAAACGCUGCAACAAUUUCCAUGAGAAAGCUUAGUGGGUAAGAGCGUUGUGCCAGUAACCGAAACGUCGCUGGUUCUAAUCCCCGAGCCGACUAGGUGAAAAAUCUGUCGAUGUGCCCUUGAGCAAGGCACUUAACCCUAAUUGCUCCUGUAAGUCGCUCUGGAUAAGAGCGUCUGCUAAAUGACAAAAAUAAAAAUAAAUAACUCAUUCUAGCUCCACCGCUGAUGUGCUCGCCUGUACCAACCAAGUUAUCAUGACAUGACUUCCUAAUCUGAGAGCUAUUCCCCAAGUUUCACUCCAUCAAACAUCGAUAACACCAAACAUAUCUGCGGUUUACUUAUUUUAGUCACCUCGACAUCAUCGCUUUUCAAAGUGCAAGGACGUGUUCGAAUCCGUAUCACCAACCAACAUGAAUACAGCCUCUUUCACAGUGAAAAGUAGUGUCCGUUUCGGCGCCGUCAUUUUGCGUAAUGAAGUUAAAAGAAACCUUAGUCAAAUGACAGUAUACCCUGUUUCUGGUUGGACGACAACCACGCGAAUACGACAGCAGGUUGUUAGCAAGUUAAUUUUGCAAUAUUGACACAUAUUUUUGUUAGAAAAACAAGGCCGUUCGCGGCCGCUAUAGUAAUUUAAAGAAAGGCCAUCGACAGCCGCUAUGGGUUCUAAAGGGUUAUUAAACUGCCCCACGGAAAUCUAAUGGCAUAAUUUAAAAAAAAUCCCCAUACAAUUCUGUCAGUUUAAGAUAGAGAUUUCUUUGCAUUGGAUGCGUCCGUCCACCGCAUCCGCCUAUGUCGCACAUCUGCGGUGAAAGAGCUGGAGUGGUGUUUGUCAGACCAUGAGACAUCCCGAAAAUCGGUCUUCUCACAAAAUCGUCUGUAGCUUCCGAACAGUUUGGCCUACAAACUAUUAUGACCCCCUCUAUGGAAAGAUGACUCUCGUGAUGGUGUUCUCUGUUUUUACUCGUCUGAAGUCGGUACAGCCGAUCUGACAACUUCUGUAUGUAGCGUCCUAACAGUUUGGGCUACACAAUAACAUGACCCCUCUGUGGAAAGGUGAAACUCUCACGGACACGUACAUGUCGGUUGCUUUGCUCUAGGACGCACAGGCUUCACAAGACUCGUCUGAAGGUCCCCUGGUACCAGUUAAAACAAUUAAUGGAAGUGUAUAUAUGGGGACUGUUUAGUGCCGAAAAUAUAUAUAUAUUUUUUUACAAAUGUUUCCUUAUCAUCCUUUUAUCUCUGAUGGGGGACCUACACUUCAGAACAAACUUCCUUUAGAUUUUUUUUGGGGGGGACUAUCUGUUCCAUGUAGUGAAUGUUAUUCAAUGCGUUUGUAUGGGCUAAUAGCAGUAAGGCCAAACACAUUUUCAUCAAAUAAGGUUUUUAUAUAAAAAAAUAUACUUCAAGGGGUCUUAAAAUUCUAAAUCAAAUAGCAAAAUGAUCCUAGGUAUGACCUUCUUAAAACAAUUCCAUAUAGCUUAGUAGAACCUUAGUAGGCCUCCCGAGUGGCGCAGUGGUCUAAGGCAGUGCUAGCUGUGCCACUAGAGAUCCUGGUUCGAAUCCAGGCUCUGUCGUAGCCGGCCGUGACCGGGAGACCCAUGGGGCGGCGCACAAUUGGCCCAGCAUCGUCCAGGGUAGGGGAGGGAAUGGCCGGCAGGGAUGUAGCUCAGUUGGUAGAGCAUGGCGUUUGCAACGCCAGGGUUGUGGGUUUGAUUCCCACGGGGGGCCAGUAUAAAAAAUUAUGUAUGCACUCACUAGCUGUAAGUCGCUCUGGAUAAGAGCGUCUGCUAAAUGACGUAAACGUUACAGGGCUGCCAGCAACGGUUUGGGUCUCACGGUGCGUCCCUAAUCAGAUGGUUAAGCAUUAAACCUCUACCAUUACUGUAUCUCAAUUCCACCUCGCAAAGUUUGCAUUUCCUUCUCAUUUAACUUCUCAAAGUAUUGCCAUACAGGACUUUUCUGCUGUCGCUUCCCUUUCUCUGCCAUUUUUCCAACGUUAAAGACGAUGACGUAGUUAGUCUACUCCUUGCAAGUCGACUCCAAUUUCUGAGUGUCGAGAGUCUGGAAAGGUGCAUUCUAAUAAGCACAACCAUAUGACCGUUGCGCCAAAUGCAAUUGCGGGAAAGACCGUUUUCAAAGCAACUACUGUUAUAGUUAGAGGAUAGUCACAGCUUUCUGUGAGCGUAUAUCAUUUAUUUCUCACCUCUCAAUAUUGAGUUCAUGGCACCACUUUACAUUAGGAGUAGGCAAUGUAGUGUAUAGUUCUGGUGUGCCCACGGAGUGCGCCAUUUGCAGUGAAUAGGCCUACAACAACUAGCCUGUAUAGGCCUAGCGCUGGGAUGUUUUUGUAGGACAUUGCAUUUACUGAUUAAUCAAAUUUUAUUUAUAAAACCCUUUUUACAUCAGCAGAUGUCACAAAGUGCUAUACAGAAACCCAGCCUAAAACCCCAAACAGCAAGCAAUGCAGAUGUAGAAGCACAGUGGCUAGGAAAAGCUCCCUAGAAAGGCAGAAACCUAGAGAGGAACCAGGCUCUGAGGGGUGGCCAGUCCCCUUCUGGCUGUGCCGGGUGGAGAUUAUAAGAGUACAUGGCCAUUAAGGCCAGAUUUUUCUCCAAGAUGUUCAAACGUUCAUAGAUGACCAGCAGCGUCAAAUAAUAAUCACGGUGGUUGUAGAAGUUCAACAGGUUGGUACAUCAGGAGUAAAUAUCACUUGGCUUUUCAUAGCCGGGCAUUUAGAGGUUGAAUAGCAGGUGCGGUAGAGGGAGAGAGUUGAAAACAGCUGGUCUGGAACAAGGUAGCACGUCCUUUGAACAGGUCAGGGUUCCAUAGCUGCAGGCAGAAGAGUGGAAACUGGAGCAGCAGCAUGACCAGGUGGACUGGGGACAGCAAGGAGUCAUCAGGCCAGGUAGUCCUGAGGCAUGGUCCUAGGGCUCAGGUCCUCCGGGAUGGGCGGGAGAGAGAUGAAUCUGUCUAGCAACAAUUCUGUAUAUAUUUCAUCGUUGUGCCUCGUCUCUUCCCCCUGAGUGCUGUAAUGGUGGUUUGUGUUGGUCCGCAGGGAGAAAAGGACUGGCAGAAGUAUGAGACGGCCCGAAAUCUGAAGAAGUGUGUGGAACGGCUGAGGAACCAGUACCGUGAGGACUGGAAGUCCAAGGAGAUGAGAAUCCGACAGAGAGCCGUGGCACUCUACUUCAUCGACAAGGUUAGACUGCUGCUCUUCACUCUCUCUCUCACACACACACACACUUCCAAGUUUGGUUGUAACAUGUUCCCUGUGGUGCUGUGCCCCAGCUGGCUCUGAGAGCAGGUAACGAGAAGGAGGAAGGGGAGUCGGCGGACACAGUGGGCUGCUGCUCCCUCAGGGUGGAACACAUCAACCUGUACCCCGAGAAGGAUGGCCAGGAGUUCGUGGUGGAGUUUGACUUCCUGGGUAAAGACUCCAUCCGCUACUACAACAAAGUCCCAGUGGAGAAGAGGGUAAGGACAUCAAUAAUUUACAUUUGGUUCAUAACAUUCUCUGUCCAUUUACACUGUAGUUGAACUACAAUGGUUUCCAGAUUCCUCUCAUUUUAGAGAAUGCUUGCUCCCUGUUAUUCUUACGAUUUGUAAAUAUACUGUCCUCCUUAGGUAUUCAAGAACCUGCAGCUGUUCAUGGAGAACAAGCAGCCGGAGGACGACCUCUUUGACCGGCUCAAUGUAAGAACAAAACAAGACUUUUGUGAGGAAGGACUUUCAAUUCGCAUUACUUGUGAAUUGCAGUGUAUUAGAAAAUGCUCUAAGACACACGUGGGAAUUGGAUGUUGUCUCGUAAUUCUGCCCCUCUUGCCAUCAGUCAUAUUUUCUCAUGGUGGCAUUCUCUCCAUCCUCUCAUCUCUCUAGACCUCCAUUCUGAACAAGCACCUUCAGGAGCUGAUGGACGGCCUGACGGCUAAAGUGUUCCGUACCUACAACGCCUCCAUCACCCUGCAGCAGCAGCUGAAGGAGCUCACCAGCCGUAAGUCGCCACGGCCAUGAGCCCACCCGGGGCAGAGGGUCUGAGAAUGCACCACCUGCCCAAAACAUAUUUUGGGAUUGGUAUGACCAGAGGUGGGACCUGGGAGGUGCUGCAUGGAAGACAUAAGGGCUCCAGAAUGUUGGAGAUAUGUGUGCAGCUGGUGACUUGUCAUACGGUGUACAGUUUAUAGCAACAGUUGUAACGAUGUCCAUUUUCUCCUCUACUUGUAGCUGAUGAGAACCUUCCAGCCAAGAUCCUGUCGUACAACAGGGCCAACAGAGCCGUGGCCAUCCUGUGUAACCAUCAGAGAGCCCCACCCAAGACCUUUGAGAAGUCUAUGCAGAACCUCCAGACUAAAGUGAGUCACAGGGAGGAGACACGGCCAGUCUAACGGCGCUUUGCGGAUGGGACAAAAAGGAAACUAAAGACUAUUGCUUUUGUUUAGGAUUUAUUAGUGAUUUUGUUUUUAGAUGUGUUUGUCAGCUGGACGCAUACUCUUCCCUUGGUUCUUUUGGGAAUACUUGGCCUCUGUAAUAUCUUUAUAGCCACAUAAUAAGAAUCCAGCUAUACAUGGCCUUAGUUUCAAGAUUAUUAACGUUGAUAAUAUUUCCAUCAGAUUGAUGCAAAGAAGGACCAGCUCUCAGACGCAAAGGGAGACGUGAAAAGCGCCAAGGCUGACCUCAAAGUACGGAGAGACGAGAAGUCCAGAAAGUAAGUAUGAAGAUAUGAUUUGCCUCAGGCAUCCACUGGUACUUUUGUGCUGGGAUGUAGAAGUAGCCAUUCCCUCCCUUGCUCCCCCAGAGCUGUGGAGACCAAGAAGAAGGCUGUGGAGAGGCUAGAGGAGCAGCUGAUGAAGCUAGAGGUGCAGGCGACAGACCGCGAGGAGAACAAGCAGAUCGCUCUAGGCACCUCCAAACUCAACUACUUGGACCCACGCAUCUCUGUGGCCUGGUGAGACACGACCGCAAACCUGUUGACAAACAUGCACAACGUCUUGCACCCGGCAUUGCUUGUCCCUUGGCCCACACACACUGUUCUUCUAGUAAAUGUGACGCAUGUGGCUGUGUCUUUGAUUAGUUAAAAGUAGAUAGUGAGUUGAGGGGUUUGGUGUUGAGUGCGUAAACUCCUGGAGUGUUGAUCGUUCUAAUAUCUUUCCCCUUCUGCCAUCUCCUUCCUAGGUGUAAGAAGUGGGGCAUCCCUAUCGAGAAGAUCUACAACAAAACUCAGCGUGAAAAGUUUGCCUGGGCUAUCGACAUGGCAGAUGACGACUAUGAAUUUUAAAUCCCGUUUGCGGUUUUAAUUUUGCAAUUUUUUUAUUUUAUUUGACUGGAUACUUGUUUUUAUCUUAACCGAUUACACCCGAUGGCCAGCCUGACAAGAAAAUAGGAGAAUGAGUGUGCACUCAACAAUCAUGGUGAGGCAGUAAGGAAGGAAGGACAGAGCAGGGGUCAGGGUGUAUAGGCCAUUACAGAUGAGCUGGCGGGAGGGGGGACGAGGUGGAUUAGUCUGAAGGUCUGAGGUCAGAUUCGAUGGCUGAACUAUACCCACACCCAAAGGUGAAACGGUAAUCCCAAUGAUUGGAUGAGAACCAGUGGAUGAGCUUUUUUGCCUUUUGUCCCUCUUCGUCUUCAGCCACACGCACGACCUGAAGACGUCUGAACUUUGAACUCUGGGGUCCUAUAGCUACUGUAUUCAACAAAAAAACGACUGCUUUUGUGUAUUUAAUUUUUUUGUUCACUUGGUCUGUAUUUUUAGCCCUCCCAUAUAUUAAUGGAUUCUGUAUUUUAAUAGAAGAAAAAGGUUAAAUCAAAUGAAUUCCUUAUGUACACCCAUGCGCCUUUUGAGAAAAUGAAAUGUGAGCUCUAGGUAUGAGAGUUGUGAGGGGGGAAAGACCAUGAAAGUGUUUGGUGAGUGUGAUGUUUUAAACUGGACUAUGUCGAUUGUGUACCAUGAACAAGAAUGCUUUGACAAGCAAGGGGGGAAAUGCUAAACCCAUGUCAAUAUUUACCUAAGCAGGCAGAAUGUGAAUCAUUUGUUUUACAGUAUAUAUCAGGGACUUAUUUUCAAUGUAAAUGUGAACCAAUUUUAUUUUUCUCCCCUUGCAUUGACAGCAUUCUGACUCUUUCUGCAUAGCCCUGUCUCUCUCUGGUUUUAAUUUAAUAAUUUCUGAUUGUUUCCGAGAAGGGGGGGAAAAAACUCCCUUAUCAGUUACUUGAAAGAAACGACUGUAUUUUAAUGUAUUUUAAAUUCAUGGAAAAUGUUUUUUUUUAUUUUUUUGAAGGGUGUGAGGGAUAUCAACUUUGCCAAAAACAAUGUUACAAUUUAGGCAGUCAUUUUAUGUGUGUUAAAGAUUGACGACAAAGAACGUUAACAGGAGUUUCAAUGUGAAUUAUCCAUGAAUUUUAUUCCACUCAUGUCUGAGGAAAGUUGGUGUUUGUAGCAGUAAACUCCCUCUUC